AAAACUGACUAGCACCACGAACGGAUCACGAAUCACGACCACGACCACGAUUAUGACCAGUUGUUGUCGUCGUUGACGUUGACCUGGUUGACACCUGGUUGACAAUUGUUCUUCAUUAAGAACUCAUUAGGGUCCAUGCGAGGAAAAUCGAAAGAUGAGUUAUUUUCCAGAUUUCUAUCUUAACGCUAUAUGGAGCGGAAUCGCGUCGAUCGGAUGGUAUUUAGUUGCGGUCGCAAUCGCCUUUUGGUAUGCAUUCCCUUAUUUACGAGAAAGAUAUUCAGCCUGGGUCAUAAAAAAGGAUGAGCAGGAUUACGCAGCAAAAUAUCAUAAAAAUCCUGAUCUUUCAUUUAUGAAAGAAAGAUUGUCAGCUGUGGAAGCUUCGCGACAGAAAAUGCAGGAGCAAUAUGAAAAAUGUAUAUUUGUGCAAAAAGAGGAAGCAGAGAAAAAAAGAAAAGCUAAAGAAACGCAAAGGUUGCACAUGGAUAACAAUUCGUUAGGUAAUGUAUUAGGACGUAGAGACGAUAGUGAAGCUUGUUCAUCAUCGGGAAAUAAAGAGAAAUCAUUGAAGAAAGAAUACAAUCCACUGAUGGGCGAUGGUUCGAGAGGAUAUCGACCACCCAAACGCUCUUGUUGCGGGAAAGGCGGUUGCGGAUAGUUACGACCAUGCAAGAGUUCGCGUUUCGAUACAUUUACGAUUUUAUAUUUACCUAAUGAUACGAUAUAUUUGAUAAAAAUAAACGUUAGAAAGAAAAACCGA